CCAAAAGUACAGCUCAAUCCUAAACAUUUGGAUGUUGGAUCAUAUAUAUAUUCCAAAGAUUUUCUCAAAUUUCAUAUGCACACCAAUAUUAAUCAUACAAAAACUCUUAUUCAAAUAAUUAACAUUAAUAGUGGAGAAAGCUAAUUUUACAUCUUUAUUUUGGAAAAAUUACAAGAACAAUCGAGAGCAAACAUGGCGACGCCUGAUCAGGAAGCAAUCGACACGUUCAUGAACAUCACGGGCGUCGAUGAGGCCACUGCCAUACGGAAGCUUGAGGAUCACCAUGGCAAUUUGAAUGCAGCUGUGAAUGCGCAUUUUGGUGAAGGGGAUCAGAACCUAACUCAAGAGGCAUCUUUCGCUGCUCCUCAAGAUGAUGAUAUGGACAUAGAUGAUCCACAACCGUUCGAGUCCCGCAGACCUAUUUCUUCACCAUUCCCAUUUGCAAGAGAUUUGAACCCUUUCUCUCUCCUGGAUCCCAACUUCACCAGAAAUAUAUUUGGUAUUGGUAGUGCUCCAACUCCAUCACCUUUUGUCUCACACCCAAGAGAGGUGAGGGAAAUCCCGAUUGAGGUGAAAGACGGGAUUGGAGCAUCCAGUCAAUCUGGUGGUGCUCUCAGGAUUGAAGAUGUAACUGAAACUACGCGUGAACAUGGCCCUGAGAUUCGUGGCACAGUUAUAAUUGAUGAUGAAGACGAUGAAAGAAGUUCAUCGAAUUCGCCAAUCACACAAGCUGUUGGGCAUGGGACUGGAGGCACCUCCACUAAUUAUAGACCAAGUGCUCCCACUGUUAUUGAUGUGCCUGACUAUGGAGAUGAAAUAGAAGAAGAAAUGAUACGAGCUGCUAUUGAGGCUUCCAAGCAGGGUGUUACAGCGCCAAAUCAGUUAUUUGACGAUCAUCUUGGUGCCGGGGAUCCCUCUUCUCAGCAAGGAGGACAGUCUCACCAAGAAGAUGCUGAGCUUGCACGUGCCGUUUCAUUGUCAUUGCAGACUGCAGAGCGGGAAAAAGCGCUUAGAGAACUGGAAGGGAAGAGUGGAGACUCAGAAGUAGGUCUGAUACCUGCUUCAGAGGAGUCGGUUAGAAUACUUUCGAAUGGAAGGCGAUCUCAGUUGGAGCAUGGAGGCACAUCAUUCCAAGAUAAAGCUGAAGAUGCAGAUGAUCUGACACUGGGUAGACAUAGGAGGAGGCGUGUGUCUUCAGGUCAUCUCGACACUGCCAAUAACGUAGAAGUUGUUGAGGUCAGCCCACCUUCAAGUCCUCCACAGCAUGAUCAUUUUCAUGAUCCACAGCGUGAUAGAAGUGAUUUCCCCUCCAAUGAGUGGGGUGGCAUCUCAUCAGAGGAACAUGAUGAAGCUGUAAUGCUUGAGGCCGCAAUUAUGGGUAUCCCAUACGCACCUCACCAGCUUAUGAGAAAUGGUUUAGGUACGGCAGUGGAUAACUACCCCAGGCCUAUGCCUCGUCCGCCAUCACCUUCUCUUACUGCUCAGCGACUAAUACGAGAACAACAGGAUGAUGAGUAUUUUGCUGCAUUACAAGCUGACAAAGAAAAAGAACUGAAGGCUAAGGAAGAAGCUGAAGCUGCUCUGGCAGAAGAGAAGCGCAAAGAGGAUGAAUUGCGCAGAAAACUGCAUGAGGAAGAGGAAAUUGAGAGACAAUUAGCUGCAAAAGAAGCUUCUCUUCCUCAGGAGCCAACAGCAGAUGAUGAGAAUGCUGUUACUCUCCUUGUGCGUAUGCCGGAUGGAAAUAGACGAGGGCGCCGCUUUUUGAAGUCAGACAAGCUACAGUGUCUGUUUGACUUCAUUGAUGUUGGCAGAACGGUCAAACCUGGCAGUUACCGAUUGGUGAGACCAUAUCCUCGGCGUGCAUUUAGUGAUGGAGACAGUACCUCAUCUCUGCAUGAUUUGGGUCUAACCAGCAAACAGGAAGCCUUAUAUCUGGAGUUGAUCUAGCUUUUUUUGUAAUGCUUAUAUUGUAAAGUUUUUGAAGGUGCAGGCUUAACUCUUCGUAACUUUAACUAACCUUGAGUUGAGAUGCGAUAUUCGUGAUUUGGUUUGUUGCGUUUGGUUGGUUGAUAUAAUGAUUUGAUUUGGUAUUCGUGAAAAUUAAUCAACUGUGACAUUUCAGAUCUUACUUCGUACAUGCAGUGAAUUAUGCUUGAAUCCGAGCAGUAGUGAUGUGGUAAUUUUUGUGCUUGGGCUAGUUUUUAC